GCAGUUUCCAUGCUUUGCGGUCAGUUACCUCAAGUUCGAAGUCGUUCUUGACUGGCAAUAGUAUUUUGACUCAGCAGUUGAGUUACCUGGCUGUUUGUGAGCAUUGUGUUCAGCUCCAAACUUGACGGUUUCUAGCAUUACGAGUACUGGUGUAUUUUCGUCAAGCCACCUGCCCACUAUUGAGCUGCUGAGAACUCCGAGCCGAAACCGAACAUUCGGUCAGCGUUGUUGAGAUUGCGAAAAUCUGAAGUCGGUCGAAGUCGAGAGUGCCCAUGAGAUGGGCUGCCUGCUGCCUAGGCUGAGGCGCCCAGGUUGACUAAAUAAUCGUUGAAGAAAUGAGAGGCAUCGUGCGUUGAACGGGAUUCAUUGUUUAGCCGGAGAUGGGAAAUGAGAAUAGCCGAGGAUCCCAGCAGCCACCUGAAGACGCGCUCCGCAGCGGUGAUGAUGGCUCUCACGGUGGCAAGGAGCGGACUGUGCCUGCGCUGAAUGUCGGCGUCCACCGUAGGCUGUCCUGUGACUCGGUGAUGGUCGACAAUGAACGGCAGCAGCAACAACAGUCAAGCGGCAGUUCGUCUGCGCGGGCCAGGCCCAGCUCAUCAUUCCGGCACAGCAGGCCAGGCAUAGCCGACUCUCCCAUGCAGAUGCGUGCUGAAUACACGCCACUGCGUCGCAGCAGCACCUGGGCUGGGGAAGUAGAAAAGCCGGAGAAUGAUGCGCUUGUGAAGACAUUGCCACGUGCACAACAACAGUACAACAUGGCACGCGAGCGGCGUGAACUGCGCCUAUCACGCUCUGUGGAGCUCGACGAACUGCCGGACGCGCCUUUUGAUCGUGAGAAGGCUGAGCAAUUGUUUCGUGAUGCUGCGUUCGAUCGUGACAGCGAUGCGUCCUGCCCGACUAGUGUGGAUUGUUCGGAGAGUACUGCACAAAGCAGCUGUGUGCCAGGAUCAAUAACAUCCAUAGAUAGUGUCUGGCCUGACACGGGUAGUGGCAGGCGGCGCAGCCCGCAUCUUAAGCAGCCAACUCUGUCGGAAACGCCGUCACUUGCUUCUGACGCUGAAUUUGACAUGAACGAGCGGGUCCACUCUAUCGGCAGUGCUCACUCGUCACCCGCCGAUCCAUCGACUCUAUUUCUACGUUCCUCUUCACCGGAAGGAGCUGGCUCUGUGAAGCGUGUGAACAGUGAUACUCUGCCCCCAAGCCAGCGGCCAUCUCCACCGGCUGAAAGGCGGACAUCCAUUCACCAAGAUCGUAACGUGUCGGAGAACCCGCCAGCUAACUGGAACCAGACAACACGCAAGGACAAGAGCAGUGGUAUCUUCAAGCUGUACCGCCGCAAGAUGCAAAAGAAAGACGGGGCACCAGCUGGGAGGUCACUCGACUGUGCCACCACUAUGCAGGUAGAACCUUUGGAACCAACACCUCGACGGCGGCCCUCAUACAUCUACUACUCUCCUAACGAUGAUCUGCAGCUGACUAAGCCAGAGCCGCCAGCAGCAGCGUCCCCGAGUCAAAGUAAAAAAGCGAGUAAAGACACUGCCGCAAGUCCGAGCAAGAAAGUUAACCGUGAGGAGUCCUUCAAGUACGGCACCUCGUUCCGAUCACGAUCGCGCCCUCGCAGGUUGGCUAGCCCGGAGACCCCGGAACCUGCAGCAUUACCGUGUGAACAGAGUUCCAUUGCACAGGCGCUGGCUGAAUCGUCUAAGGCCGGUUUAGAUCCAGCAGGUGAGUCUGGGCUGGGGCGCUUGCUGCCACGUUUCAAGAACGCUUUCACUUCGCCAUCGCCUCAGAACUGCCAUGAUGAUGCCGGUGUGGUCGAUGAGCAGCAAGGAGAAUGCAAGGAAGCGAAGCAGCUAAGUGCUGCGGCCUCUCGGCCUCGGACAUCCACCAUCGGAGCUAGGCCGAGUAUGGAAGUACGGCCGUCUAAACCACUGGGCCCCAGCCAACCCAGGAGUGUGCCUCCACUGGAGGUUUCGAGCAAUGAUAGCAGCCAGAAUCGUAGCCGUUUGACGUCUGCCGCCACCUCUGCUAAAAAGAAGACCAACUUGGCCCCGUCGGCUGAAAAUGAGGAGGAUCCGCUGAGCCCUAAGGCAAGAAAGCGUAGCAGCACUUGGUCUAAUCCAAGUGGGGUCAUCAAGCGGCCCAACAUCGACAAGGAGCGACUUAAGGCCGAACGCGAGGCGAAGGCCCAUCGGCAAAAGCUGCUUGAUGACCUGGAAGCAAUGAGGCCAAAGCCAGCUGAACCACCAGUGUGGGUGCCUCGUCCGCCAUCUACUUUCCAGCAGGAGCGCGAGCUGCCCCGGCGGCCAGAACCUGCUUACCUCCGACUGACGGACAUUCAACCCCGCAUGCCCUGUGCCGAUGAUGCAGACAGUGAAAGUGCCAAUGCUGAAACUCUGUAUGAAUCAGCUGAAGCUCUCAGGGCACACUUGUGUGCUGAAAAUCAAGAGAGAGGCUGUGAGGAACGUCCGAGUGUGGAUGAAAGUGGCUACCUGCGUCUUCUUGAUCUGUGUGCCGACAUGGCCAAGCUUGAAGCUAAAGGGAAAAAGCCACAGGCUGUUGGGAGCACCGACGGUGAUGACGGUUCUCUUACAUCGGGUUCAUUUGGUGACAUUUUGCCAAGCCAUCAUCGUGAGUCGAUGCAAUCAGAUUCGUAUGCUGGUGGCCUUGGAGCUUGGAGAGGUGACUCUUUGGAUGCUGUAUUGGAUGGUUGAGCGCGACUAUGAUGAUGAUGAUGAUGCACGCCAAGUACUAGCAUGUGCAACGGUGCUGCUACUGAUCUUAUUGUACAGGUAACUUCUAAGUAGACAUGUGAAUGCGCAAUGACGUUUCCUGCCGUUGCUUGUCUCUGUACUUUUAAAAUAUUUUCUCCUCAUUCAAAUUUACCCUUCCCGACCAGCGCACGAGUUUCACUACUUGUAGUUCCUGGUUAUUGUUGUUGUUUUAGACACUAGUCAUUAGUAUUGGGUAUGAGCAGUACAUGAAGGUCUCUUUUUUAUUAUUCUAAGUCAUGUCAUUCUAUGUGACAGCGCUGUUGUAGUGGUGAGCUUCUGUUUAGUUUGUAGUUAGGCUUCCUUCCCAGUGGUUUCAUACACUCUAGUUCUCUGAUGGUGCCAUAAUGUGCACAAACCACUCUCUCUCUCUCUCUCUCUCUCUCUCUCUCUCUCUCUCUCUCUCUCUCUCUCUCUCUCUCUCUCUCUCUCUCUCUCUCUCUCUCUCUCCCUCUCUCUCUCCAUCCCUUGCUGUACACACAUGCAGGCCUUUCUUCUGCUUGUGUGUUCUGUUCAGCUCUGCUCAUGGUGGCUCUGUUCCAUCUUCUAGGUAUAUUUUCUAAGUAACAAUUUCUAACAGUUUCUCUCGACACUACGACGCUCUUGCUACUGUGUUUUCUGCUGUACAAUCUGAGUUGUCCAGCCUGCUCAGUUUCUGCUCAGUUUUCUCGCAACUACUUGUACUGUUCUUAUUUAGCUUGUCUUGAUAUGAGGGAUAAAGUUCGAAUAUCAGUAUUAGCCCUCUGCCAUAAUAUUCCCUGCUUUCACCGCAACUUGUUGAUAAACAUUUUAUUCUG